UUUUGGCAUUAGUAUUAAGUCGGUCGAGGUACGUCCAGCACGUCGCACAGUUUCCGAGUACUAGCCUAGAGACACAAUAUGGCUGAACAAAAGAAAGCACCGCUCUUGAAAAAGGAGGAGGACUUCGUCAAGGCUCUGGAAGGCUUCAUCACACCCGAAAAGGAUCAGGUGGCCCUGCUGUUGGACUACGAUGGCACACUUGCGCCUCUGACGGAGGAGCUGUCGGUGAUGCCCAAGGAUACGGAGAUCAACAUCAAGAAACUGGCUGCCAACGAUAAGAUUUUCAUGGUUGUCUUCUCCGGCCGUGAGCUGAGCGAAAUCAAGAACCAUCUGAAAUUCCCCAAUGUUACCUAUGCCGGCAACCAUGGCCUGGAAGUGGAAUAUCCUUCCGGCAAGAAGUUCAAGAUCGAAAUGCCCGAAGAGCUGCUCGAGAAGCACAACAAGCUAGUCGCCGAGCUGAAGGAGAAGGUCGUUUGCUCCGGCGCCUGGGUGGAGGACAAGAAGAUUUCGGUCACCUAUCACUACAAGGGCGUCACCGACAAGCUGAAGGCCAAGUUGAUUGCCGAGGCCAAGGGUCUGAUUCAGUCGCACGGCUUCCAGCUGAUUGAAACGCCAUACGCUCUGGAGGGCAAGCCACGCGUCAACUGGGACAAAGGAGAGGGCGCUAAGAUGAUUCUGGAGAAGCAAUUCGAUGCUGAUUGGGCCAAGAACUUGAAAAUUAUCUAUGUGGGCGAUGAUACCACCGAUGAGGAUGCCAUCAAGGUGCUCCAUGGCAUUGGCAAGACCUUCCGUGUUUCGGAGCUGCCAACGCUGAAGACCUAUGCCAACUAUCAGAUCAAGACCGUCGAGGAGGUUGGCUGGCUGCUGAAAGCCGUUCAGGCUAACUAUGAGAAGAAGAAGAAGAUAUAAGCGUUGCGGCUCGCUGUAGCUUAAGCUAAUUCCACACUCACACACACACGCACACACGUACACGUAAACGCACACGCACACAACACACAUUUUAGAUGUUGUCGUUUUUUUAAAUACAAUAUUUACUUAUUUCUCAUUAUUUUGUAUGUAUGUAUGUAAUUCUUACAGAUACAGAUCCCUUAAAACAAAUGUUUCACAAACUAUUCUCUGUCUACGAUUCGCAAUAAAAACGUUCACAUAAUUUAUUAAUAAA